ACACGCACACGGACACACACACGCCACACGCGCGCGCGCGCGCAGGGACACACGCACUCUCACACACGCUCACACUCCACACACACACGCUCACGCAGGCAGAGGGGCCUCCUCUCCGCGUCCUGCCAGCGCCGCCGCCGCAGGAUCCCCGGCAGCAGCUCCGCGCCCGGCCCCUCGCAAACUCGCCGGCUCUCGCCCUCUCCUGUGAGGCGCUUCGGCGGGCCGCGGCCGGCCGGCUCCGCGCCGCGGGAGGCUCGGGAGCCGCCACAGCCCAGAGAAGGGGGCGGAGGUGGGGGGGGGGCGGGGGGGAAGCGGUACAAAGUGAAGCCACAUUGCCAAACUUACCCGGCGAUUGCAGCAGCGAGCGGCGGCGGCGCCCUGCGUGUGCAGCUCAGCGGCAGGGACUGAGCUCUGCAGCUCCCCUCCCGGGAAGCGGGAGCUGGAGGAAGGACCCAGGCAGACGCCUCUCAUAGAAAUAUCUAUAUUUUUCCAGCCUGGGCUGCCCCUUGCCGGGCGGGGGGGCUCCCUCCAGCGCUGCCGAAAGCCAGAGAGAGGGCGAGCGCUGUGUUUGUUUCUUUGCAAGGAGACCUCCUCAGGCACCCCGAGCGGCGUUGCUCCCCGGCCUUUUGCAAUAUAGAGGGGAAGCAGGCCAUGGUGAACCCCGGCGGCAGCUCGCAGCCGCCCCCGGUGACGGCGGGCUCCCUCUCGUGGAAGAGGUGCGCCGGCUGCGGGGGGAAGAUCGCCGACCGCUUCCUGCUCUACGCCAUGGACAGCUACUGGCACAGCCGCUGCCUCAAGUGCUCCUGCUGCCAGGCCCAGCUGGGGGACAUCGGCACCUCCUGCUACACCAAGAGCGGCAUGAUCCUCUGCAGAAACGACUACAUCAGGUUAUUUGGAAAUAGUGGUGCUUGCAGUGCCUGUGGACAGUCCAUUCCUGCCAGUGAGCUGGUCAUGAGGGCACAGGGCAACGUCUAUCAUCUUAAGUGUUUUACAUGCUCUACCUGCCGGAAUCGCCUGGUCCCUGGAGAUCGGUUUCACUACAUCAAUGGCAGUUUAUUUUGUGAACAUGAUAGACCUACAGCUCUCAUCAAUGGCCAUUUGAAUUCACUUCAGAGUAAUCCACUACUGCCAGACCAGAAGGUCUGCUAAAAGGUCAGAGUAAUGCAGAAUGCGUGCCUUCAUCUCAAAUUUUGUUCAUCACAGAUGGAUCCCAUGUCUCCAAGUAGACAAGUCACCUUUGUAGCUAGCAUCAGUGCCAGCUCCAUACCAUUGCACCUUCUUUAUUCUUGAUUGCCCUUCCCACAUUUAUUGGUGUAUUAAAAUGACUGAAUAUGAACAUUAAGGACUCCAUGAACCUGGGCUAAUGGGAGACUGUAGAGAAAAUGAAAAAAGAUCCACCGGAGGACAUCUUGGGGGGGGCGGGUGGGGAAGAUGACUAAUGAAGCUAAUUAAAAGAAGCAUUCAAAUCUGCUUUCUACCCUCAUUAACAAUUAGCAGGGCACUGGCCAGUUUGUACCCUGUGUUUUACCUUAACAACAUUCUAUUUGCUCUUUGUAUAUUUAAGUGUUGUAAGGAAAUGUGUUUCAAACUGAACAUGAGAUAAAGAUGUGGCUUUUGUGAUAUUCUAUCACAAACACUUUUAUUGUAUCUCUGUAAAAUACAAUGUAUGUAUGCAUGUAAGUGUUUUUGUCCUAAUGUUGCUACUUCCCAUGGCAAAAAAAAAAAAAAGAAAAAAAAAAGGCUCAUAGCAGCUACUGUGUAGAAAUUUUCACCUACUUCUAAUUUGCUGAAUGAAGAAAAAUCUUUUAUUUGUGAUAUUUUCAGAGACAUUUGCUCUAGUAUGGUGUAUUUAAAUAAUAAAAAAGUAAAACAAACACUGAA